UUUGGAGAAGAAGUUUAUUGCUCUUUGGAGUCAGCACAGAUGUUUGUAUGACAUAUCACAUAUGUCAUAUCAUGACAGACCAUUAAAAGAAAAAAAAGUGGUUGGAGAUUGCUGACAAACUCAGUGUACAUGUACGUCAGAAAUCAUGUGUUGCCCGUCUGGGUGGCCGUGUGGAGGGUGUGGAUGCCGAGCGGGAGCGUCUGAUGGUGCAGAGACUGAAAGAGAGGUGUGAAGAUCAGGCCCGGCAGCUGAUUAACCUGCAGGAUGAGCUCAGGAAGGCUUCUCGAUGCCUCGAUGUGUUCAGCAUUACCACUCAAUACUUCUGCCAGAAGAGUGAGAGUGGUGCUGUGAAGGAGAGGGAGUUGUCCCUGCAGUUAGCCAGGAUCAGGAAUGAAGUGGUGGUCGGUGUUCAGCGGUGGGAGCAUCUGCAGGGUGAGAAGGCCCAACUGGAGCAGAGUUUUGAGCGGGAGCUGAGAGAACUCAAAGAGCAGCAAAAGAGGGAGCUCAAGGCCCUGCAGGAGAGACUGGUAAAGGAGCAGUGCUCUGAGAUACAGCAACUCCAGCAACAGCAGAGCAACCACCUGGAGCAGCUCUGCUCCCAGCACCAGGAACAGUUUGAGGAGAUGAGUGAGAAUCAUGAGACAGCCCUGAUGGAGAUGGAAGCAACUCACAGUGCCACUCUGGCCACACUACAGGAAGAACACACCAGAACCAUCAAGAAUAUAAAGAUGGCACAUGAGCAACAGAAGAAAUCCAUGGAAGAGGAAUUUGAGAAGCUCAGACUCUCACUGCAGGAUCAGGUGGACACUCUAACAUUUCAUAACCGCACUCUGCGAGACCGGGCCAAGCGUUUUGAAGAAGCUCUAUGCAGAAGCACAGAUGAGCAGAUAGUGGAUGCCCUCGCCCCAUAUCAGCAUAUCGAGGAGGACCUGAAGAGUAUCAAAGAGGUUCUGGAGAUGAAGAACCAACAGAUUCAUCAACAGGAGCUCAAGAUCUCAGAACUGGAGAAAACGGCUCAAACAAAUGUACUUUUGGAGGAGCGUAUUCAGGUGUUACAGCAGCAAAAUGAAGACCUGAAGGACAGGAUUGACCGCAACCUUGCCAUGUCCAGGCAACUGUCUGAGGAAAAUGCCAACCUGCAGGUGUACGUGGAGAAAGAGAGCAAUGAGAAGAAACGACUGAGUCGCACCAAUGAAGAGCUUAUGUGGCGGCUUCAGACAGGAGAGUUGAGCCCUCGAAUGUCUCCAACCCAGUCACCCCUUCAUCGGCCAUCCUCAAGUCCCACGUCCCCCUCCCGAGUACAGCCCUUUCCUAGAUGAGUCUCCGAUUCUCUGUCUCUCUUACGCUGUCUUUCACACUCUAUUUCUUGCACACUAUUUCUUUCCAUUCUAUUCUGUAUCUCUAACUCAUAUUUCCCUUCUUGUGGAUUCUCAUUGGAAGGAGCAGAAGAUCCUCCCAUGCCAAUUAAAAAUGAGAAAAUGGUCACAUUUUCUGUUUCAUCUCUCCAAUGGCAUGUCUCAACACAGUUUUGGCCAAUUCCUGUUCAGUGUUAUUGUAUUUAUUGGAAGUUGCUGUUUAUUGGUCCACUCUUACUGAAUAGUUAUUGGCUUGAUACAGUGGGGCGAAUUCUCUGAACAGUUGUGGCAACUUAGCACAUGGUAUUUCAGCACAAAGACCUGCAUCUUAUUCCUUAACCACCCGCAAUCCAACAUGACCAGGUGUUUAAUGCGCAGACGUAUUUAAAUUUUGGAAAAUGUGUACACAGCAAAAUAUAUUCUUAAAGAGAAAUUUUGCCCUGCUUUCCAGAAAAAAUACCUUAAAAUCUUGAAACAAAUAUCUAUUUACCUGAUAUAUACCAAAACUAUACUUUUCAGAAAAUGUAUCAUAAAUACAAGUGCUUUUGUUUUGUGGCACUUAAAAAAAAAAAAAAAAAAAAAAAAAAAAGAAAAACAGUGACUCAGGUGCUAAAACAACAGUGCAUGCAAAUAAAUCAGUGGCUGCAAUUCAGUCUUAGUGAAUUCCCCCCAGUGAUUUUACAAAGCCUCAGUAAGGGGUCAUUCACACCAAAAAUCUAGAUGCAGCACCACGAACUGAACUAGUGUCUCAAGAUGUGUUUUUAACAGUAUAAGUUCUUUUUAACUUGACAGCGUCUCUAAAAUACUUGGCGCUCCUACACAAGAUGUUGAAAAGACAGCGAGAAGAGGUGCAAUGGUAAAAUGUAUCUGCAUGUUUACAUAGAAAAACUAUUUAAGAAACCAUGUGGAUGGAUGCAAAAACCCAUCGGUGUGAACGGACCCUAUAAGUGUUUCUGAAUAUCAAAACUUCUUUAUUAUUAUCAUCAUUACUUACUUCCCCAAAUUCCCCAUUUGUUUCUCUCUUCCAUGGCACACAAAAAGAGUUGGUCUCGUUUAACAUUUACUUUCAUUGUAUAUAGAAAAAAACAAUGCAAUCAAAGUUAAUAGUGACUGAGGCUGUCCAUAACAUUCUGCCUAAGAUCUCAUUUUGUGUUCCAUUGAAGAAAGAAAUUCAAACAGGUUUGGAACAUUAUGAGGGUGAGCAAAAUGAUGACACAAUCUUUAUUUUUGGGUGAACUAUCCAUUAAAUGAACAAAUACAAUCCUAUAUCAGAAUUAUCAGAAAAAGGAAUGUUAGGCUCUUUUUUGAUUUUAUGACUUUGUGUCCAUCACAGUGUUGUUCAUUAUGAUGUUUCACAGGCAGUGUUGAAAUGUACUUUUUUUUUUUACUUUGUACAUAGCGUAGUGCAGAAUGGAUUUGGCUAUUGGGCUUGCACUGAUGUUUUCCAUUUGAACAGGACUUCAUAGUGCUUACUCUCCAAACUUUGCUUCUGAUCUCAAGCUUUUCCAAAGAUUGUUCAGGACAACAUAUCAGGUUUACUUGGGGGAUUUUCCUUCACUUGCCUUUUUUAAAUCUAAGCCACCCACCAGCAACUUUCUGUGCAAGCCCAGGCAUUAUUGUAAUCAAUGCAUCCAGCAGGAAAAUUCAGGAAGACAUCUCUAUAGGCAAGUUUAACCUGGACAUCUGUCAUUUCAAUCAACAGUUUCAAGAUGUCAAAUACAACCUUAUAGUGUAUUUGAAAUGUAUAGGACACUACUGCCCUGCAAUGGUAAAAUGUUUUGGAUCACUGUGGUUUGGCUUGGUUUUGUGCUGCCUUCAUGUGCUAUCAGAUUUAUUGUAAAUACACAUUGCAUUGCACUUAAACACCCCUCAAAUUGUGAUUAUGAUUGAAAACUUUUGAGAUAAUUUUGAUACCAAAGUUAAGUAUGACCGAAAACCUUUCAACUUGGCGAAGAUGAUGACAGUUUCAGUAGUAGGUUUUGUUCAUUUAAAACUCGAUUGAGUGUUAACCUACAAAUCCUCUUUUUUUCAUUUCACAUUUGCUUUUUAUGACAAUAUUGAUUAGGAUCAGGCUUAAAGGUGCACUCCGUAAGUUUUUAGCUGGCUCAUACUCGUUCCGUCUGUUCCAGUAGUACUUGUGGUUUUGAACUCUAUACUGACACCCAUCGUCGUGGAUACUGAAAGUUUGUUUACUAAUUCCUGCCCUUUACACUGAUUUUUAUUUUAUUUUUUCAAUUUGGAAUGCCCAAUUCCCAAUGCCCUCUAAGUCCUUGUGGUGGCGUAGUGACUUGCCUCAAUCGGGGUGGCGGAGGACGAAUCUCAGUUGCCUCCGCAUCUGAGACGUCAACCCUCGCAUCUUAUCACGUGGCUUGUUGAGCGCGUUACCACAGAGACACAGCGCGUGUGGAGGCUUCACGACAUCCACCGCGGCAUUCACGCACAUCUCACCACGCACCUCACCGAGAGCGAACCACAUUAUAGCGACCACGAGGAGGUUACCCCAUGUGACUCUACCCUUCAUAGCAACCGGGCCAAUUUGGCUGCUUAGGAGACCUGGCUGGAGUCACUCAGUACACCCUGGGAUUUGAACUCAUGAACUCCAGGCCCCCUACACUGAAUAUUUUUGUUUUGUUACUUUUAAUCUGUGUUUUUCUCCAUCUCAUACUACACACAUCCCUAUAAUGGACAUUCUUGGAUUUAAUCCAAACAAAUUUUUGUACAUUGUUGCUUGCUGGACUGUGACCGUGUAGCCACGGCUCGCAAGCUCUCUUCCGGGCUGAUGUCACGCCGUUUAUCCCUUCGUGCCGUGAGAGCUGCAGGUAGUGUCGGAUUGUUUCAUGAUCAAUGCCACUAUCGCUCUGGACCAUAGUACUGUUGACUUGGGCUCCGUUGUUUUCAGUAGUAAGUAUAUUAUGUUUGUUGUUUUAUUGUUUGGCUUGCUUGUUUUGUUUACAUGUACUUUUAUGUUCGAGCAUUACCUGAAAGCUCUAUAUAAAGGAAAUAUGUUAUGAUUAUUGUCAUUAUUAGUGGUAGUAACUCAGUCAAGUGCAUGAAAGUGUCAUGUGCCGUCAACAUGGCAGCGCCCAUGAGGGGGCGUCACGCUCAAUGUGAAAUUAAACAGCUUUUAUUCGGUUACUAAUAUGACUUGAGUCUUCAUCUAAUGUGAGUGUGCAUCAUUUUCAACAUUUUUCUAAAAAAAUGCUAUUCAUGUCUUUAUGUGUGAAACUUUUUUAAUUAGGAAAAACAUAGUGCACCUUUAAGGUUUAGGGUAGGGAUUAAGGUUUUGUUGAUUUAAAACAUGAUAGAGCAUUAACUUGGGGGCCUGGGUAGCUCAGCAAGUAUUGAUGCUGACUACCACCCCUGGAGUCAUGAGUUCGAAUCCAGGGCGCGCUGAGUGACUCCAGCCAGGUCUCCUAAGCAACCAAAUUGGCCCGGUUGUUAGAGUGGGUAGAGUCACAUGGUGUAACCUCCUCGUCGUCAUGAUUAGUGGUUCUUGCACUCAAUGGGGCGCGUGGUAAAUUGUGCGUGGAUCGCGGAGAGUAGCAUGAGCCUCCCGUGCUGUGAGUCUCUGCGGUGUCAUGCACAGCAAGCCAUGUGGUAAGAUGCAUGGAUUGACUGUCUCAGAAGCGGAGGACUUUUCCUCCGCCACCUGGAUUGAGGUGAGUAACCGUGCCACCACGAGGACCUACUAAGUAGUGGGAAUUGGGCGUUCCAAAUUGGGAGAAAAAGGGGAUAAAAAAAAAAGAAACUUAUCAGUUUGGGAGAAAAUGUAACUUGCUUUUAGCACCACACAGUGGACAUUUCACCUUGGCUCUUCCGCGAUGCGUGUAAGUAACCAUAUAAUAUUAUUUUGCAAAAAUGUUGCCACGGUCGCAUAAUAGUAAUCAAGCUCACAGGUCGGCUAUUCUCUUCGAUCAUAAAGCUCUUGAACAUGACAUACUCGUAAUUACUACAGAUGGGAAGGAGGAUCGCCUGACAAGCACAUGAAGACAGCAUUAGUGUGGAUUUUAUACACACAGGACAGAUCAUUAUCUAAGAGACCCAAUUUCAGUCACAACUCAAUUUUGACAAAAUGUGUAGUUAAUGUGUUUUGCCUUUGCGCUGAAAUUAACAUGGUAAUGCAAACAUUUAAUCAAAAUAUUUGACUUUUAAUGUGGAUUUACACUCUUUUUGUCAUGUAUUUCAAAACAUUUUAGGUGUUUUCAAGUGACUGCUAUAAAGGAUGCUAAAUUAGCAUGGACUGUAGUGUACUGCAAAACUACAGAGUGCCAUUUUCUUUUGUAUAUCUGCUUUUUUUUUUUAAAGGUAAAACAUCUUCAUGCCUCUUAAGUUGCUUUGUUUAGAGAAAUGUCCAGAAAUCAUUAAAGGGUUAAUUCACCCAAAAAUGAAAAUUCUCUCAUCAUUUACUCACCCUCAUGAUAUCCCAGACAGGGCCGGCGAUAAGGGGGGACAACUGGAACUUUUGUCCCGAGCCUGGGCUUGUGGGGGGCCCGGACUGUGGGGGUGGCACAAAGACUGUUCCAUAUUGAAGAGUGCAUCUAAACGUAUUCAGCGGGAGAUAAGGAUAUAAACACGGAGACAGUACGCAACAUCAAAAGCCGUCUGGGUAGCGCACGUUGAUGGGAUAUCACUGUCCAUUGCAUAAACGUUAUCCAUACGACACCAGUUGUUAAAUUAACGUCUUCUGAAGUGACAUGAUCGAUUUUGGUCUGAAAAAGUUCAAUAUUCAAGUACAUUUUUAACUCUAAAUCAUCGCUUCUGGUCAGCAGCGGUAUGCACGUGUGACAUAUUCAUAUUGGCACAUGAGACACAUGAGAACUGAGGCACAUGCAACACGCUGUUUACAAGUGAGGAGGAGGAACGCUGUACAGAAGCUUCGUUGGUUUUGGUUUAGAUCUGUAUUUAUCUGUUUCUUUACUCACAGUGGUGCGUUUGUGUGCUUAUCCUAGAUGUCUCAACCAAGAGGAGAAUGUGAGAUCAUGUCCAUAACAUGCCUACGCAAAUACAUCACAUGAGAGAGCAUGUGAACUCAGUGCUCUGGUGAAGCUUACCGGAAGCGAUGGUUUAUAGUUAAAAGGUACUUAAAUACUGAUCUUUUUCGCACCAAAAGGGAUCGUGUCGCUUUAGAAGACAUUUAUUUAACCACUAGAGUCGGAUCAAUGAUGUUUACGCUGACUGUCAACUUGCAUUUUAAGGACCUACUGAGCUGAGAUAUUUUUCUAUUUUUCUUCAAAUGUGUUCAGCAGAUGAAAGAAUGUCAUACACACCUGGGAUAUCAUGAGGGAGAGUAAAUGAUUAGAGAAUUUUCAUUUUUGGGUGAACUAUCCCUUUAAUCAAGAAAACCCUGUGAAUUUGAUGCCACUUUUAUCUGUCAUGGCUGUUCAUAUUCCUUUGCUCUGUACAGUAGGCUAUGUAAAAUAAGUCUUCCGGUUGCUCUGACCCAGAUAAUAUGCUUAAACUGCAUUCAUGUGGACACUACUGAGGGCCUUUGUCCUAUAUUUGUAGAUGUUUGGCUGCACAGUAUUCAGCUGAAAUGUUUGCGAAAGCACAGCGCAAGUUCAACAGAGCACCAUGUUUACAUUUUAAGUUAGCAACACAGGUUGGCAAGUUAUAAUGAUUACCUAACCUGUUGAUAUGAAAAUGCAGAAGGCCUCUACAUAGAUGCUUAUUUAUAGAUGUUAUACAUUCAGGGUAUAAAACAUCAAAGCCAUGAUCUCAUUAUAGGAAGAGCUCUAAAACUGAAAAUCAUAUAGUAUGAAAAUUAUACAGUAAUAACCCGGCUUUAGGCAAAUAGACAGAAACUCAGUUUAAAAAGUUGUGUAUUUCAUAUCCCCCUUGAAUGUCUUAUUGGGGUGUUACAACAAGGCACCAUAUGUGGAAUUAAGUGGAUCAUCUUUACCUCAGCACUUGUAAUUUUUUUAUUUAUUUUUUUAUUUUUAUUUUUUAAGAAAUCUGACGUAGGGUUAAAAGAAUUCCAGGUUCAAUAAAAGUUAAGCUCAAUCGACAGCAUUUAUGGCAUAAAGUGGAUUGCUACAAAAAAUUCAUUUGACCCAUCCCUUAUUUGUUUUAAAUAAAAGCAAAAAUUAUGGUAACAACAAGGUACUUACAAUGGAAGUGAAUGGGGGCCAGUCUAUAAGCCUUAAAAUACACAGUUUCAAAAGUGUAGGUACAAGAUGUAAAAAUUGUUUAUGUUAACAUGAUUUUAGUGUGUAUUAAAAUCGCUUACUAAUCUUAUUUUAGCAGGUAAAUCUCAGAUUUUAGCACACUUAAAUCAUGUUAACAUGUUAACAUCUUGUGUCAAUGAGGUUUUGUAACAAGAAAUGUGAGAACCAAAGGCGUUUGCCAUUAUUGGUGUCAAAUGGUGUCUAUUUACAUUUUGUUUUUGCAGUCUGUAUUACUUUUUGUCCAUUUAGGCCAGAGCUCUGAUAUAGACAGCCUGAACUCAUGAAAUUUAUGUAAAUAUGACAGCAUUUUUGCCAUUCAAAAUUGACGUGCUGUAUAACACGUUUGGCUGCAGAUUUGCAGUGAAAUUUCCAGCUGGGGGCACCAAAAGCAAGUAAGAUGAUGUCAUAUUCAGAUGCAGUUUUAAGGUGAAUUUAAAAAUUAGAAAAAAGGAAAAACCAUACCCCCCUAACCUAAAACUUUUGUCAGUAGUGUUUUAAAAUAUAUAUGAGACGUUAAAAAAGACAACCUUACCUUAUCAAUGCCUAAACCUAAAAAGCAAAAUUUCUGAAGCAACCAUGUAAUCUUGUGCCGUUUCGAUGACUUUAUCUUGUCACUUAUCAGCUUGAGUUCAUGGCUGGCCCUGAACCGCAGUCCUCCGACUCGAGUCCAACACCCCAUCAGGUGAGCUACUGUGCAAGUUAUUCAUGUUGGUAUAAGUGUAUAAAUGUAGGUGGGUCUGUAAUACAAGCAUUAAAAUGUAUCGUUUUUCGACAGAUGUGUAAAAGGUGUGUUGAUAUCAUAAAAUAGCGGUGUCUGAGUAAUAGAGAGAAAAAAAUAAGUAUUUACAAGUUAUUAUCAGCCAUUAAAGUCAUGAUUUGAAAAAAAUAAGCAUUUAUAAGUUAUUAUCAGCCAUUAAAGUCAUGAUUUGAGUGAAAAAGAAUAAAUCAGUUGUUGUAGCACUUCUAGUGUUCAGUUCACCUGGAAACUGCAGGGAAUUGUACUUGGAAAAAUGGUUUUGCAAAAAUGUAUAUGUAGAGUCUAGUUUUCACUAUGAGACCAGGUUGGAUAUAGAAGAAGAUAAUCAGUGUGUAACCACUGACAAUUUGGUCUGUUUCUUAUACAAAGCUAUUGUUUGACUACAGAAGACUUUUUUUGGCCAUUUUGGAGUCCCCGUUUACUUUCAUUAUAUGGAUAAGAUUGGCCAGGAUGUUCUUAAACAAGCUUUUGUGUUCCACUGAAGAAAGAAAGUCAUAUGGGUUUGGUGACAUGAGGGUGACUAAGUGAAAAUUCUUUCAUACUGUACUCACUCUAUUGGAUGAACUGUUCUGUAAGUAAUGCUAAAGUUGUCGUUGUCCUAAGGGGGCAAUAUACUUGUUUUUCUUAUUUUAUUUUGGUCCAAGUAUACUUAUAAGUGCAGCUAUUAAUCAUGAGCUUCAAUUACAUGUUUUAUGAUUUGAUUAUGUGAUGUGACUAUAAAAUCAUUAGUUUACUUUCUUCAGCCUUAAAAUUCAUGCAAAUCCCAAAAGAGAUCAAGAGAGAGAGAGAGAGAGAGAGAGAGAGAGAGAGAGAGAGCAGUGCUUGAUGUUGCCAUUUGCAAACACCAAAACUUAAAAUUGUUGAUUUUUCUUUACACCAUUGUAUUACUGAAUUUUAUUUUGUGUUCAUUUACAAAGUAUCAUUACCUCCAGUCUUACUCAGAGAUCUCUCAGGUUAAGAAUGUGUUACAUGCCAUAUGUCAUUACAUGUCAUGAAAAUACAUUUAUUACAGGUUAACCCAAUACACUGUUAAACACGCACAUGUUCUGUCUUCAGUAAACAAUGUCAUAUGUACAAUGAUUCAUUUAAAGCUUGGCAUCACUGUAUUAUCACAUUUGUACAUUUAUUUCACUCAAAUGACAAUUAAAAGGAAAGCUCUGAAUGAAAUCUAAAACUACCUGUUUGCCGAGAAAAAAAGCUUCUCUGCUUCAGUUUCAUAUAGCUGUCCGCUUGUAUUAGUCUGACGUCUACCUUUGAAAUAUAAUUUAAAUGUAAUCUUUCUAAAUCAGGUUCUGAAAUACACUGAUUUUUUUUUCUUGUGUGUGUCCCGUGGACAUAAUUAUGGAAUUUCUGAAUGUUUUGUCCUAUUCUUAAAAUGCAAAACAAACACAACUAUCUGUUAUUGGAUAUUUAAGGGAGGAUUAUAACAUGCACUGGGUUAUUAAAGUUCCCUGUUCUUAUUUCUUUUUUUUUGUUGUACAGCUUGUAUGAGCUCUACUGUAUAUGUGAACUGUUACAGCACAUGUUAAAAAGCAUGUCUUAAAGCUGUAUAAUUUUUGUUCAAACCUUGUUAGUGUAGCUUACCUCGCAGUUCUUGUGAUGCAUUCAAAAACUCUUCUGACAGUUAUGUUGCACUUUGGGUUUUAAGUAUUAAAAGACUAUGUAAAUGCAUCCGGUUACUAAUUUUAUUUAUAUGUUAUUUACAAAUGAUGUUCAAGUCCCUUAAAGCAUGCUCAGUUCUUGAUUUAGAUUGGUUCCCUCUUAAAAGGUUUUUUCAAUAUUA